AGUGAAGUUGACAGGAACAAGAAUGCAGGUGAAUGGAGACUGCGCUGUUGCUGAACAGCCAGUGGAAGCUGCUGAGCCUGCUGCGCCACCUAUGAAACAAACGGCCCAAGAAUGGUUGAAGGGAGCUUCAUUCAAGGAAAUCCUUGGCUCUGACGCCAGUCACAAGUCCCUCUUCGUUCUUCUUGACAACGUUAAUGGAGAAAAGGGAGUGCUUUUGAUGAACAAAUCUGCGUUUUCUGAGAAAGCUGAAGAUGUGACUGCAAUCAUAAAGUCUGCACAACUGAAAGAGUUAAUGAGGAAUGACAUCUUUGGCAAUUAUGAUAUUGCUUUACCUUCGGAUCUCAAUUUAAUCAAAUCUCAGUUGAUCUACCCUGCUAACGAUAAAAUAAUUGCUAAAUAUCGACAAGAGGAAAAGUUUGUCAUCCGUGAGACAGCGGAGGAUUACCGUACCAUCACAGUGGAAUACAUUGAGAAAUAUCAAAUGGAGCUAAACUGGGUGUACAACGUCUUGGCAAAGCGAAAGGAGGCUGAACGAAUUAUCUAUGAAGAUCCUGAUCCACAUAAUGGCUUUAUCUUGGCUCCAGAUAUCAAGUGGGAUGGUGUAUCUAUGGAAAAUCUCUAUGUCCUAGCAAUGAUUCAUCGACGAGGAGUGCGAUCGAUU